AACAGCUGGUACAGUUUAUCCUCACUCUAAAGGUUACACACAGAUGUACCUCAUUCAGUCCUAUGCACAGUGUAUGUGUAUGUAUUUGUCAGAUACGUCUUAUAUUACCACCCAGCCAAAUUCAACGCCUGUCAUACACACACUCUCUAUCACACACACCUUCAGUUAACUUUUGUCCCCUUGGUUGUUCUUUUCGUCUGGUUUUAUUUUCUGUCUCUUAUUUGCUGCUCUGGCUAUUUUUGGGUCACUUCCAAGAAUGCAAGAAUAAAAAGCUGCCUUCUAGUAUCAAACUCUACUCAUACAUCAUUCUGCACGAUGGAGCUCAAAUAUGCACAUUUCUACACAAGUAUAUGUUUAAUACAACACGGUUAAAGGCCGUUCUGCAACAUCCUUCCAUACUUCAAAACUAAGACUUUUGUACCGUCAUUUUGAAAGACUGUAGUACUUUUACUAGUUAUGUUGGUACUUGAUCAAAACACUCCACUUGCAUGAUUAGGAAAAGCUAAAUAUUCUUUACAGCAUGUUUGGUGCCCCCUGCUGGUCAGAGGUCAAUCAAACAGCCUCGUUGUGGUUGUGCACGGACCGAACACACACCGUGUCGAUUCUCUGAAGAUCAAACACCACCUGUUGGUCUUUUUGAGUUGUCUGAUGUGAUUUGGAGUCCUUCAUCUGUCUUUAAACGUCUCAUACAGUCUGACUGGUGUCAGUGUCUCUCAGUGUGUGUGGGUGUGUGUCGUUCUUCUCUACAUUCACUACAACAGUGACUCGACGUGGAACAGGAUGUGUGUCAAAUUUCAUAAAGUGUGCACAAUAGGCAAGAAAAGGAGACAAGUGUGCAAGCAUGCACGGGUGGAAAAGAGAAAGUGGGUUACACUGUGUGUGUGUGUGUGUGUGUGUGUGUGUGUGUGUGUGUGUCUGUGUGUGCCUCCACCCUCCACAUCGUCACCCUACAUUUUCUGAUUUCUGCUCCACGUACCAACACCUUCCUCCUCUGCUCUCUGCUCUACCACAGAUGUAUACGGAUUGUCUCUUUCAGAAUAUAUAUUCUUUCCUCUGAACAUAUGGGUUGUUGACUGGAUGUGUUUCCCUCCAUUACCUCUUCUUUAUGGAUUGAUAAUGUGGUGUAAGACACCGGAAGAGCAGUAGAUGAUCACAGCUACACUGUUAGUUUCAUUGAAGUGUGAAGGAUGGACUCUGUCUCCCAGAACCUGAGAGAUCAGAUCUCAGAGCUGCUGAAGCCUCACCGAGUCUGUCUGGUGACGCCUGUCCUUCUGAACCACUCCAGUCAGCCAUGUGGCAGAUCAGCCAGCAGGUUUGUGGUACUGAGUCUAUGGAGAGGUUACCUGGUUAUCAGCAAGCAGCCUGUCAGGGUGGAGAGCACGUUCAGCUACUUGGAGAUCUGCUCCAUAAACAUUCACAGUCUCACACAGAUUGUGAUGGAGACAGACAGGCACACUCUGUCUUUUAGUGUGUCACACGUUGAGGACCUUGAGGCCAUGGUCAGUCACAUGACCGCCUCACUCAAGAGGGUCUUCCCUGAUUCCUCUCCAGGAAAGCUGUUGAAGACGAGUCCUCCAGACCUCCAGCAGAGACUCCUCACAUUGACGGAUGUGAUAGAAGAGCAGCUGGACAGUCGGCCUACUUCCUGUGGAGGGUUCUCUGAUACCUACGCUGCUCUGUGUGACUUCAACCAGAUACCAUUCAGAGAGGAGAUCCAAUGGGAUGUGGACAACAUCUACUGCACUAACAAGUGGAGAGAGUUCAACCUGCAGGACUUCAGCCACUUAGACAGCAGGGACUUGGCAUUAGCAGUAGCAGCUCUGUCUUUCAACCAGUGGUUUACCAAGAUCUACUGCAAAGACCUCAAACUGUCAGUAGAAGUUCAGCAGCAGCUGACGUACCUGCUGUCCAGAUCUCCCAGUCUGGAGGAGCUCUCACUGGAGGCCAGUGGACUCAAGCUGGACUUUGCAAUCAAGAUGGCAGCUGCCCUGCGGGAGCACAGCUCCUCUACCCUGACAUCCAUCAACCUCUCUGGCAAUCCAAUCGAAGACAAAGGUGUCAUAGCUCUCACUCAGGAGUUGGAGAAUCUAGCUGAAGGACUCAAGCAGCUUUCUCUGUCCCGGGUAUCAAUGACUGCUAAAGGUCUUGGCUGUCUGAGUCAGCUGUUAUCCUCCACUCAGCUGUUCUCAGCAUCUCUGACCCACCUCGACCUCUCUGGCAACCCCGGCAGCCUGGUUACUGAAGAUGCAACGUUCCUCUUCAAGUUCUUGUCCAGUACUAACUCUCUGUCUCAUCUGGACCUCAGCGAUACCAGCUGCCCUCUGGACACGUUAUUUGUGUCCCUGUCUGCCGGAUGUUGUUACAAACUGAUGCGCCUGAGCUUGGCCAGGAACCCUUUCAGCCACAGAAAGGUGCAGAAGAUGACCAGGAGCAUUGGAGAGUUCUUCAGUCAGAGCUGUGAGCUCAAACAUGUGGGCCUGUCUGCAACCAAACUUCCUCCCCAAGCCCUCAGGUUAUUACUACAGGGUCUGGCAACCAACACUCGUCUGUUUGGGCUAGAGUUGGACCUCAGUAGCUGUGAGCUGCGCUCUGCAGGGGCCCAGGUGAUACAGGAGCACAUCUCUGAAGCCACAGCUAUCAGACGUCUGGAUCUCUCUGACAAUGGUUUUGAGAAUGACAUGGUGACUCUGGUCCUGUCUGUCGGCCGAUGUCACUCUCUUCGUCACCUCGCACUGGGAAGAAACUUUGCCAUGAAGUCCAGAGCUCUCAGCGAUGUUCUUCAUCGUAUCGCUCAGCUCAUUCAGGAUGAAGAGUGUACCUGGAGGUUGCCGCCUGGUCUGUAUCUUGAGCUGUGUCUGUCUGGUUGUCUUCAAUUUGAGCAGGUCCACGGUCUGUGUCAGCAGUUAGAGGACAGCCUCCAACGUCUAAAGCACUGCAACAUUCAGGAGGACCAGUCUGACAUCCUGACAGCACGAGAGGUGCUGCACAACGCCAGGGACUCCUUCAAGCUGCUUCCCUCUCUGUAUGAGGCAGGCAGGAAGUGUGCCUCUGAUGGAGACUUGGUGAACUGCAUCCUCACUGACACUGCUACUGCACUGACUAAUGAGUUCAACAGAAGCAUACAGGAGUUGGCUCAAGACCUGAUGAGGGGUGUGGAGGCAAUGUGUCCACGGGUGGUCCAGCGGUCCAGUGUGGUCGAGCAUCUGUCAGAGUGUGUGUCCAAGAGAAGCAGACAGACACACACAUUCCUGAGAAGCACAAUGUUGGAGAACACAGGGGCGAUCAUCAUCAGCAGACUGCGUGAACUGAGACAGACAUUGAGUGUCUCUCUGGCUGAAAGCAUCAUUGAACAGAUUCUACAGGAUCUGACGGUGGCACAGGACAAAAUGGAUUGCCUUAUAAUAGAAAGUUCAUGCACUGCUCUGAACAUCAACAUCCCAGAGCUUCGACUGGUCGACGGCGACUUCCCGACUGAUGAUUACACUCCGGCAUUUUGGAGAAAUAGUUUCCACUCCAAGAGCCUGAGGCCGGCCCCUUCGAUUAAGAGCCUCCUGGAUGCAGACUGGGAGCAGCAGACCAGAGGAGCAGAGAGAGAGAGUGGAGGAGGUGCUGAAGAGGAAGGAGGAGGAAGGUGUUUCCUCUCACGGUUGCCGACAGCAACCCCGCUGUCAGUCAGGUUUUCGAGCCCCUCCCCUUCUCCCUCCCCCCCGGGUCUGAGGGGGAGGAGGCGGAGGGAGGGGGAGGUGGCGGUAGCGGAUGCUGCAGCAGCAAUAUCAGGAGCGAGAGGAGUAUCGUUCAUUCCUCCUCCCGGUCUCCCCCUCCUGUACUCCGUCUCCGCUCGAGCUGCAGAGGAGGAGGCUGCCGGCCGCGGCGGCUCACCCAGACGACAGACUCCCUUCCCCGGCUGCGGCCCCAGCCCGGUCCCCCUCCCCAGCUCUGGAUCCCCCACUUCUCCCAUGGAGCCUCUACCCACCCAGGGACAGAUUCUAAGGCAUUACACCGCCUCCCGUCCACGGCCACGACGCACACACACACAGCCCCCCUCCUCCAGGCCUCAGGAGCCGGUUACAAAGGUGGAGAAUGAGGCCAGUGAAGGGAUGGGCAGAGUGGAUGAAGGAGUAGAGGAGUUCUUCACCAAGAAGAUCAUCCCUGACUAUGCGCUAAAAGGCCGGUGGGAGGAGUCAAUCCCUGCCCAAGCCACUCCCUCAGAGUCAAGCUCCACCCCCUCAGCCUCAACCCCCCUUUCCUCGUCAUCUGACAAUAUCACCCCCUCCACCACCACCACCACCACCACUGUCACCUCUCCCUCCCUCCCAUCUAUUGACACAUCCCUCACCUCCACUGAUGUUUUACCCCUCUCUACAUCCUCCACUCCCCCCGCCCCCUCUUCUGUCCCCACCACCACCACCACACUUCCCACCAAAAACAUCAAGAAAAAGUUUGGUGACUUCUUUGCCUUCAAGAGGUCUCGAGCCAGCCGAGCCGCCAAGGCAGGAGGGGGAGAGGGAGGAGGAGGAGGAGAGGGUGUGAAGGUCAAAAGGACCUCCAUUGCAGACCUCAUUCGACCCCUCCGCGAGGCCAAAGAAAGGGAGAGAGAGAGGGACAAGGAGAGAGAGAAGGGGAGAGGGUCUAGGUCAGUGGAGGAUGCUAACGUUUCUAAUGAUGCCGCCACCACAGAAGGAACCGUCGCCACCGGCCACCAUCUUGCAGGCGAUGCCAGGGGAACGAUGGCGCCUGCCAAGACAUUAACCACGACGACGCCUUCCAGUGAGACCACUUCCUCUUACCCCACCGUCGCCACGAGCCCUGACCCCACCACUGACACGCUUCCCCACCUAGAAGAAGAGGCAGUUCCUGUCUCGCCAGGUCGCACCCCCAGUCCCGUGGUCACCUCCCCUCUAACGGAGCAGGAGAGGAGCGGCAUGCAGAUGAAGGAGAUGAAGUUGGGAGGGACUCCGUACGGAGAGAGGAGACUGAAGGUGACCAAGAGGUCCCUGAGAGAGGGCAAGAGCCAGAGUCUCAUACUGCUGACGGGAUUAGAGCCUGAGGACAAGGAUGACACCCACAGUAAGAAACAUGCGUCUGAGAGCACAUCUAGUUUUGAACAGAGGCUUCAGGUGAUGCUGCACAGAAUGGGCGUGGCCAAAUCUCCACCAGUCAACACCAAGGUGAGCCAGAAUAAAGACGAGGAGCUGAGAAAGGCCAACUCUGAAGGUGCUAUCCUGGACAAACCUGUCCCUCCUCCCACAUACACCAAGCCCAGAACCAUGUCCACAUCGUCAGCAGACCCCAGGCAUCCUAUGAGAGCGCUGAACCCUCUCCGACUGGACCCCCCCCUUCACCCCAAGCCCAUCCUCCACGAGCACCCCGUCGGGCCCCUGCCGCCCAAACCUGCCGUUGCCGCCAAGCCUCCGCUCUCCACCCCGGCUUCCCCGGCAGGAGCGGGAGCUCGUCCCUCCUCUGCUCCUCCUGCCGGCGGCUCAGCGGGGAGAGUCCAGCUCAGAGCGCCCCCUCAUGACAGGAGGCCAGCGGAGAGCACAGCUCAGAAUGGGAGCCAGGAGCGUCCCCAGGGCGCCGCCUCGACUCCGUCCUCCAGGACAGAGCUGCUCCCUCCAGCCUCCUCUCCAUGGAGAUGUCCCGGUGCACAGGAUCGCUCAGAGAGAGCACAAUCGGUGACCGACGAGAGUCUACCUAAGCCACGCCCACACGUGAGGCCCCUCCCACAGCGCAGAGCCGUGUCCGUCCAUGAGGACGCUCUGACAAUGACACAAGAGCUGAAGGCAGUGUUACAGAGAUCCCCCAUCCGAUUCCGUGGCAACAGAGGAGACCUGCCCACCUGCACCGAAGAUCCAUCUAGUGGGGAGGAAGCAAAGAAGAGCUCAGCCGGUGACACAGGGAAACAGACAGCUGAGGACAGGAAGGAGGCUGUCCAGAAGGAGGAGCUGAAGGCAGAGCGAGGAAGGACCAAGCACCCUCCUCCAGGAGAAGAGGAGACCCCGGGCUCAGGGCGUCCCUCCUCUGCAGAAACUUCAGCACCCCGAGUCUUCAGUCCGACCGCAGCUCGGUCCAUCCUGGAGAGGCCUCCGGCACUAACCCCGAGCCUGGAGAAGAAGCCUCCUGUUCCCCCCACGUGGGAGAAAAAGAGCCCCAGCGCGGCCCCACCGUUGCCCCGAACUCUAGAAAAACUGCUGGUAUCCCCACCACCCCGAGAAAAGAGCCUGAGCACAAUCCCAUCCGGAUCGCCGGAAAACCCCAGAGUGAGCCCUCUGUCCCACAAGAAGCAGAGCCCCGGCACAGCUCCGGGCACAGCGGAUGUGAGAAACAGCACUCAGGAGGGAGGAGAGGCGGUCUCUAAACAGCACACAAUGAAGGCAGAGCCAGCAGACCAAAGAACUGAUUCCCCUCUGUCUGAAUAACACACACACUGACUGACACCAGGAGGCCUGGGAGAGAGAGGAGCCAGGGGUCUGUGACAUCACUGAGAUCAGGAAGUACUAGGUCUGAGAACAGCUGUAAAAGUGCUGCUGUGUCCCAUGCCAGGGGGGUUCUCUUUGAAAGCUAAACGUGAUGUAGUGCACACGGUUGGUGCAUUUUGUUGUUGCUAGCUUACAGCUAACGUCUGCUCUACUGGGUGAAUAACCACGUACUGCAACGUGCCCAGAACAAUGAAAGUUGAAUCGAUUCAUUCUGAAAAUACAUGUUUUUUUAUUGAUUAGGAGUGCCCAACCGCAGCCCCUGUUUGUAUGAGGCAUGUAUUAUUCGUACUAAUCCGACCGCUGGGUUCUUAUUGCAGUCUGUGCUUAUUUACUCCAAACAACAAAGCUAACGGACGUUAGCUGCGGGGGUAGCAUCACACCGUGUGUUUUUUGUGUUGACAGCUCAUCUUCUGACUAUAUUGUCAUCUCGUCACGUUGAUGAACUGGUGCCAUGUAAGGGGACGUUCACAUGUCAUUUUUUUGCGCCGUCAAAUUCAUUGUUGUCAAUGUAGACGCCCAAAAAGCGAGAGCGACGCUGUCGCUUUUCAGGGCGCAAUGGCAGCGCCCUGAGAUUCAAUUUGUACUUGCGCUGCAGCGCACCGCACGUCAUGUGACAGGGAAUGACCAAUCAGAGCUUUUCUUUCUUCUGGAAAUAACAGUCUACGGGAAAUUAAUAAAAGAGAAGUUAAUCAUUUUAGCAGGCGGCAACCUACGGUUCUUCAGAGUGAAGUCAAAGCUUCAUGUGUUGAAGCUGCGUUCUCAUAUACAGACUGUGCAUUUUAGUUCAGAACUAUUUGGAGCUUUACUAUCCACCCAAAGAAAUAUUUGACUUGCUUCACCCUUCGACUGUACAUAAGAAGGCUUCACUCUGCCGACCAAGGAAGUCACAACAUCCGGAUGAAAGUUCAGCCAAACUGAGAAUCAAGCAGUAAAGCUACCGUGUGGUGCUGGGAAUCCAUAUCUGUGUUCUGACUCUGUUUAGUUUAGUCAGUGAGGUUUGCUCCGGCGUUUCCAUGCGGUUUUGAUGCAACAUGUGAACGGCCCCUAAAAGCUGCAAGACAAGCAGUGAUUUUUUAGCUCAAGUUUAAACAUGUUUAUGAAACAGGACACAGCGAGCUUCAGCUAAACCAGGAUGUAAAGUCUUUGCUGUACGCUCUCCACUAAGGGGAUGGCUCAUCUCAGCGUUUGUGAGUGUCGCUCAUCAUCAUGUCAAAGACACUUUACUGUUUAUCACCUGCUGUUCUACAUGUUGUCAUUAUGAUUUGAUGGGGGGUUUCACGGCCCACCAUGUUCUUCUGUAACUUUUCACUUUGCUUCUUGAAUUCUUUGUUCCCCAGAAGACGAGACAUAUUUCAUUGUGACUUAGAUUGAGUGAUUGAUCUACAUUUAGACAUAAAUCUGUUUUGCUCCCAUUCAUUUUUAAAUUGGGGAUUUCUGGAAAGUGUUAGAAUUGUUAUGACUUAAAAUUUUGACUACAUGAUGUUUUAAAUCCCUCUUUUUUUAAUCAUUGGCUGUUUGCGAAAACAUUGUUUUGUUGUUUUGCCCCACACCAAUCACUGUGACAUCCACCCACUCAACAUGGUUCAUUCUGUUAGCGUUAGUGUUAGCCAUCAACCGCUAGUUUGUAUUCUGUUAAUCAAAGUCAACAGAAGUGAACUGCUCACUGUCACUACUGAGGUCCUGCUUUUCAUAAAGAUAGAGACUAGCUCCACAUGAGAUGAGAUGUCCACUAUGCUGCGCACACAUUGUGUAAAGUGCAUGAAUACUAGAAGUACAGUCGACUCAUUUCCUUUCAAUGAACAUGAGUGAGCUUUAGAUAAAGGCGCCAUCACGGCAAGAUCACGUAACGUUCCAUAAGACGGGACCAGUGUAGGUUUAUGAUACUUUUAUAACGUGAGGCGGUGGUUUGUUGUGCUCUUUCUGUCUUCCCUGAUCCAUAUUCAUGCACACCAGUGUGUCCAAUGAAGCAUGUAUCAGGAUGUCCCGUUAGCUCACUAAGAAACAGACGGGAUGUGUGGCAGGAAGUCAUAAAGAGACGGCACUUUGUUUUAUCAUAAUGUAGUUUUGAGCAGGAAUCCAAAUCAGAACCACUUCAUUGCCAAGUAUGUGCACAUACAAGGAGUCUGGCUUGGUGAUCGGUGCGUGACACUGAACACAGUGCAAUAGUAUACAAUUUAAGAAUGAAGAAUAGACAAUGAUAAAGAAACAAUAUUAGAGUGUUUUAGAAUGAGUGUUACCACUCGAUCGCUGUAGUUCUUCAGGGCACAGGUGAGACAGAAACUUGACAAGGAAUGAAUCAGAUAUUUGUGUUUGUGGACCAGGUCCAUCGGCUCCAUCCAGCACACACGAUGUGAGGUGGCUGCAGGACCUCAGUAGUGCACCGGGACAGUUCCUUGUCAUUGUUUAAGCUCAUUGUUUAUCCUCCGUUAAGAAGGAAUCAACAUUACACUUUGAAUACCACUUCCUGGUGAACUCCAGGUCUCUCAGAACCAACAGGUAGAACAGUUCAACAGCUGUCUUAUGUCCUCUCUUGGCACCAUAUUAGGCGCACUUAGAUGAAGACUGGCUCAGCUGUUUGUUUCAGCGAGGGAAACAUCCAAUCACAGAACAGCACAAGACCUUCUUGUAGCACAGAUACUGAGCUACAUCGUGCUCAAGGUUUCAUAGACGUUUCUAACAAUGCCUCCCAGUGUUCUUACACAUGCUGCUGUUGCUACAGAGAGGUGAGGUCGCUCCCAACAUCUUGAUACAAAAUAUACAUAAUUAAAGAAGUAAGCUCAACUUUUGGUUAUUUUCUCAUGAUUUGUAUACAUUGAAAAUGAUGUCAAAUCCAUUUGCUUAACACAAUUUGUAGUCCCAUCAUGUCAUCCAUGUGGGAGAAUAUGUCUUGCCUUGUUAAGACGUCUUUACAUUGACCUCUUUAGAAUCUCAUGGGACACUGGAGCUCUGCAUGUUUCUGUGUGACGUUCAAAUCAAUUCAGGUUCAAUCCGUCCGUUACACAAGCGCACAUAUGAUCACCACGUCCAUCCUAUCACAGGAGAAGCAGAGGAUGGAACAGAACCCCAGUAUAUGAUCAGAUAUCAUGUGAGGUCUAUCAGACUCAGGGGGGCUGUGGAGAACGCUGUGUGUUUCUAAGAGCAGACCUCAGGUCAGCGGCCUGAGCCUCCGUCUCAUCCUGGGGCAGAGUUUAUUUUCUACCCUCAUGUUUAUCUUUGCCUUGCACGCACAGAAUAUAUACAAAACUAAAUAAAGCAAACAAAAACAAAGUUAUGAACAGAGUGUACAUCCUUACCUAUACUUGUUAAUAAUUAUUAAAAUUAUGAGUUGUGUCAUAA